AUGUCGGGUCUGGUUCUGACGGUGCUUCAGAUUCUCGCACAACAGCGUGGCAAGACUGUGGUGGACGCAUCGUACAUAGAAGCAGUGGUACACGUGCCUGAAAUUUUGCACAGCAACAUCACCACGGAAAAAGUGCGAUCACCACAUGCGGAUGUUCUUUGUUUGGGUUUUAGUGCAGCGUUGGAUGAUAGUUUUGUUGUUUUUGGGAGAACGCCAGCAGAGCUGGCGGAGGCUCACCGUACCGUGAAGUGUGCACUGGAAGAAGCUUUUGCGUCAGUGGUCACAGAGAUGCUUAUUGUAUUGCAGGAACGGAUGCAUAAUGGAAUGACAUCUAAAGGGGCUGCGUUGGCAUCUUGCUUCCUGCAAGCGUGGUUUCCUGCUUUGCGUAGGACGUCAGAUGUGUGGUCAGGAACGGUGCAGCGCACUCUUGGCGAUUGUUUAAAGUUGACGCAAACGGUUUUCGGCGUCCCUGCCACCUUGGAUCAGGCAAGAUAUUAUGCUGUCGUUGGUGUAGUUAAUGAGCUUUCCAGUGGUCGUGUGGGGCAGGUGGUGCGCGCAUUGCGGUUCUACGCCACAGUCACAGACGCACGCAACGCUGAAGCACUGGAAACGUAUUACGGUGAGGAGAUGUGGUACUCCCUGUUGGUCUUGGAACGUGUCUUGGCCGCUUCAGCCGCCGUACGCAACGCGGCGGCUGUGGAGGGCAAUGAUACGGAAGACACAGAGGAAGCAAAGGUUGAGGAGACCCCUGCAAUGCAUAAUGUACUGCAACGGGUAGUUCAAGCCAUUAGGGGAUAUGCAGUGGCUUUGGGUGACGCACGGAUUCUGUGGAGAGACACAUAUGGGCAGUGUCACUCCACUCCGUGUUUGACGCUCUUCACUUGGUGA